GAAAUGUCAAUUUUAUUAUGACGUUUACUUUUUGCACAGAAGUAGUGACGAAAUAAGUGUUUAUUUGCCGUAGAAAUUGAAAAAUAUGGCUGCUGAAAUUAAGCCUGCACCUAGAACACCCAACGAUAGAUUUUCUACAACAAAAAAACCGGCACUUUUGAGCAAACUCGAAGGUUGCACCGACGACGUUAAUGCUGCUGUCGUGAUACCUGGCGAGGAUGGAGUUAUUAGUGUUUGUGAUGAUAAGACAGUACGAGUGUGGCUGAAGCGUGAUUCAGGACAGUACUGGCCUAGCAUCUGUCAGUACAUGCCAUCUGGCUGCACUUCAAUGUUCUAUACACCAGAGACGAGGCAACUAUUCAUUGGGCAGGAGAAUGGAACUAUAUCUGAGUUCACACUUGCAAUGGACUGCAAUAGGAUAAAUCCUACUCGUGAAUACUUAGCACAUACAGCACGGGUGACUGCUGUUGUGUUCUCUCUGAGUUGUGAAUGGGUGCUGUCAGUAAGUCGGGACAAGUUGUUUGCAUACCAUUGCAGUGAGACCGGCCGCAGGAUCGGUGGGUACUCCUUUGAAGCUUGGUGUACAGCUUUGCAAUUUGAUUCCCAGUCGAAAUACGCUUUUGUCGGCGAUUACAGUGGUCUGAUAACAAUGUUGAAAUUGGACAAUAAUGGUGCUGUGCUAGUCACUACUUUGAAAGGCCAUACUGGAUCUGUUAGAGUUUUGAAUUGGGCGCCAAUACCUCAGUUAUUAUUUAGCGGUUCUUUCGACCAAACCAUCAUUGUGUGGGAUAUCGGAGGACAGAAGGGAACUGCCUAUGAGUUGCAAGGACAUAGCAACAAGGUGACGGGGCUGUGGUACGUGGGGGGCUGCGAGCGGCUGGUGUCGGCGGGCGAGGACGGCGCGCUGGGGGUGUGGGAGAUGGGCGUGCGGCGGCGUGAGACGCCGGCGUGGCGCGAGGCCGACCUCUGCCAGCUGUGCCGCGCGCCCUUCAUAUGGAAUGUACGCGCUAUGAUGGAGAAGAAACAGAUAGGGCUGCGGCAGCACCACUGCCGCUGGUGCGGCGCGGCCGUGUGCGGGCCCUGCUCGCCGCACCGCCUGCCGCUGCCCGUCAUGGGCUUCGAGUUCCCGCAGCGCGUCUGCACCGCCUGCUACGACACCUUGCGGCAUGAACCGCGCGAGUCACUGGCUUCGUUCCACGAUAUGAAGCAUGCGGUAUCAUCGCUAUACGUGGAUGAGGCGACAGGUCGCGUGUGUACCGCGGGCAAGGACCGCGUGCUUAAAGUAUGGGACGCGGGCGUACUGCUCGCACCCGCGCCACGCCCACCAAACCCUGGCACCAGCGAAAACUAACCGAAAAUACACCUUAUUUAUAUGAAGCUAAAGUCGAAAAUCGAUUGCUGGAUAUCGCUGUUUGUGGAGAUAUGCUUGAUAAUGGUUCGUAAUUUUUUUUUACACUAUAUUUGCAAUCAGACACUUGUAUUUUUUUUACAUAUAAAGGUUGUUCUUGUGUCUCCACGAAUGCGAGAUUCUAAUAUCGAUUAGAUAAAUUGAAUUUCCAAAAAUGGCUUGUAAAAUGGAUUGUUUAAGCUUGCGGAUGUAUUAGUUAAAGAUCUCUAUGUUUAAUAUUUAGAACACUUGUUUAGUAAUUAUCUUUUCGUCCUGUUAAAAAUAUUUACAUAGAAAUUAUAGUUUUUAUAUGGAGAGCACUGACGGUUUAGAAACAUUUCAAAUUAGAAGAGAUUUCAAAAUUGUCGGUUAAUUUAUACUAA